ACAGAGAGGUCAAUAGACAAGAUGAAGAGUUUUUGCACAAAGUUAUGCUUUGUUUUUCUAAUUUUUCUUGUUAUCACAAAUUGCUUGUAUUCUGAAGCACAAAAGUGCCGGCCAAGUGGAAGAAUAAGAGGAAAGAAAGCCCCUUCAGGACAAUGCAACAAAGAAAACGAUUCUGAUUGCUGCGUACAAGGAAAAAUGUACACAACUUAUGAAUGCUCUCCACCGGUGUCUGUUCACACCAAGGCAUAUCUUACUCUUAAUAGUUUCGAAAAAGGUGGAGAUGGAGGUGGUCCUUCAGAAUGUGACAAUAAGUACCAUCCUGAUGACACACCAGUAGUUGCACUUUCCACUGGAUGGUUCAACCACAGGAGUAGAUGCCUCAACAACAUUACCAUCAGUGCCAAUGGAAGAAGUGUGGUGGCCAUGGUUGUUGAUGAGUGUGACUCUACCGUGGGAUGUGAUGAUGACCAUGAUUACCAACCUCCUUGCCCACCCAACAUUGUUGAUGCUUCCAUGGCUGUGUGGAAAGCCUUGGGUGUGCCUCAUAAUCAAUGGGGUGGGCUGGACAUUACAUGGUCUGAUGCUUGAUAUUGUUCAAGUAUUGUAAAAUGGAUGUUUGUGCUUCUGUAUUUUAGUUAAGUGUUGAGGUGAAUUUUCAUUUGUGAACAUGCAUGCAUGUAUAUGUAUAUAUUGUGUUUAUUCUAUUAAUAUAUGAAUUUUUAUCUCCUAAUGUUUCUUUGUACACAACUCAAUCUUAGUUUAAAUAUCCC